AUGGACGCCUUAUAGAAUUUAGUAUUUGUGAAGCAAUAACAAGUGAGCAUCAAGUUCACCGAUGGCUUUAGAGAUAAUGCAUCUCCCAGAUUCAAGGCUCUCAGAUUUUGAGUUUAAUUGUCGAUAUCAACCAAGAACAGGCUGCUGUACUCAAUAUAUCUAACUGCCGACAACCAAAAUAUAGAUUUAGAGAUCUAAAUCUAGACUAAGUAGAUCAAUUCUUAGUCUACAAAUAAAAAGAAAAAUGAUAAAUGAAUCAAGGGUCUGUAUUACAGUAUUACAAACAGUGCUUAUAGAUCUAUAUACAGAAUCUAUAUAUAGAUCUAGAUCUAGAUUCUAGAUCUAUUCUAAAAUAUUAUUAUAAGUAUUUUGCUCUAAAAACCAAAAAGUUACGACUGAAGGAUAAAUAUGCAACGUAAAAGCCUAUAUAACAAUAGUAAUAAUAGGAAUAUCCAAACUAGUGUAAAGAUCAUUCAAAUUAUAUCAUCUCAUUCGAUUGAGGAGAUGUGCACGCAUUAGGGUCUCCUUGUGAAGAAUAUCUCAACAGAACACCAGUCUUCUUAAAGGAGUAUAUAUGUGAGAGAAAAAAACAAAACAACUUUAGGCCAAAACUUCCAAAACAUAACUACUGAUCACAUCACCAUCAAGACAGCGUCUGUAUUCGAUAUAGAUUUCUACAAACAAGACAUAUUGGGAGACUUUUCAUUGCGAGCAUGAGUCGGCCAGUCAUCGACCCCCCUCCCACAACACGACCUCCGGAAUUGUCCGCACCCCUUCCAGCCCCAGCCAACCCCUCGGACACACCAGCAGGGGAGACGGCUAUCGGCGGAGGUGACCACUGUCCAUCUGCAAGCCCAGGAUACGUCACGGUCCAAGCCCCAGCCUCCCUCCACCACCAGGUCAAGCCUCAGAACUAUGACCAUGGCUUCGACAAGCGCGGGAAAAUUGUGGGAUGUAACCAGGAGGUUCCGUACCCGUUCAAGAACAGGCACUACCAUGACGUCAGUUUCCCGCGGCUGGUGGACUGGUCCAGUAUGAAGGCGGGGGAUGAGCACAAAUAUGUGCCGGCGAGGGAGAUGGUCAAGAGGUCAGAGGUCGCCGAGUAUUUCACAGCGGACAACGACGAGGGCUACAACCAAUGGGUGGCUCGCAAGGCAGCGGAAAAGAAGCGAGGGGCGGAGCUACAGAAAGCACUGAGGAGUGUGCCCGCGGAGAUCAAGGCGUUACCCGGUCAUUUAGGCCCCACUGCAACGGAGACGAGCGCUGGGGUGAUUGGCCAGUAUCUAGACCUCCAGCCCCUCCCACCGGCAGUUUAUCCCCUCCCAGCCAAGCUACCGCCUGCCCCUGUGCCCCUAUUGGUCAGAUUUCGGAAGUCGAACAUGUCGGACCACCCAGCAAUUCCCGACCACGCCUUCGCCGUCGACCCGCGGAAGAUGAUGACGAGUGACGGGUGCUGCUACACCAGAGGUAUGGAAGGCUCCGCCCACUACCCAGAGACGUCGAGCAUAGAGCCGCAAAGAACGAACAGCUUCAAGCUAUCAGUGACGUCUCUCGGUCAGACGGUGGGCGAGCGGAGAAAGGGCUUCACGUGGCCGCUUUUUACGCCUACGGGACUCGAACUCAAUCGCCCCAUGCCCAACCGCUGCGUGUCUGUUCUGGCCAAGUCGACGGAGAAAGAACCCGUCCGGCUUACCGUCCCAUCACGAACUGUCCCCCACGUGUACAAAAGAUACAUGAACUACUCGGCUUGCCCCGGCGUGGACAAAGAGGCGGAGCUUAACCCGGCUCGUCGACCAAUCAAAUUUCUCUGCGCACCUUACACCCCCUACCCACCGCAGGGUAACCGCCUCCUCGACCCCUGCCACCAGGACUUUGUCAGCAUGUCUGUCCUUCCACUCCCCGUGGGCCUACAGAAACCGUCGACAUGUUAACCCUAUCCAAACGCCCUGGGGUCAAUUUUGUACCCCCGGAGUUGUAUUCUUCACAUCUUAGAAUU